AUGCAUUUCUGGAAUUUUGAGUUGUAUAUUGAAUCUGGGUCAGGUGUUGAUAGGUCAGUUUCGAGAGGCGAUAUUGUUAUUGUAGAUUCCUUGAACAGCAUCAAAGGUUAUAGAUAUGAGUUAUGGUGUAUCGCGCGUGCCGCUGGGAUUAGGUAUUGUGUUAUCUACUGUGAUGUGGAUGAAGCUCAUUGCAGGCAAUGGAAUAAGGAACGCAGUGAUAGAGGCGAGGCUUCAUAUGACGAUGGUAUAUUCGAAGAUCUUGUGAGAAGAUUUGAGAAACCUGAGAGAAGAAACCGAUGGGAUUCACCUCUAUUUGAGCUAUACCCUUCUCGAGAAGGAAUAGACAAAUCCUCUCCUGUGAUUUCAGAGGCUGUGAAUUAUCUAACCAAGACGGUUGAUUCUAAAACCCAAGAUGUGAGAAUUCUCCAACCGAGUAUCGCGACUCAGUCUGCUAGAUUCUCUGAAGCGAAUUCUCUUUACGAGUUGGACAGAGCGACACAAGAAAUCAUCAAUGCGAUUGUGGAACAACAAACACUUGGUGGGGCUAUAAGCAGAGUCACUCUUGGCAAUGAACUACCUCCAAUCGAAAUCAGUAGACCGAUUGGACUACCAGAGCUAAGGAGGCUUCGAAGAACGUUUGUUAAAUUGAUGGGUCAAGCGAGUCUAAGCGGGCCACCGUUACCAACUGAUGCUGAUAGCGCAAAGAGACGGUUUGUGGAUUACUUGAACAGAGAGUUUGGAGGUAAUAACGCUUGA